CUGAAGUUGUGUUUGCUCUAGGGCUGCUUAGAUAAAGGAGCUGCCUUUCUCACAGUGACUGCCAGUCAGAGCUCAUCCAGCCUACACAAUGGAUUCUGUCCACUGCAAACUCAAGGCAGCCCUCUGUCACAUGUACCCCUGCCCCAGGGGGGCCACCAGCAGCAUAAACACUCAGCAUCCUGGACAGCCAGACAGGUAAGCAAGGGUCAAAGCACGGUGACAGAAGCAGCUGUCUCUGCUAACUGCAAGCUCUUUGGAAAAGUUAUUGAUUCCCAGCUCCAUAUCCACUGAGUAAGUCGUGGAUCCAUCGUAGUGCUUGUUGAAAUGUUGAGUGUAAGCUCUUUGGUCAAGGUAUUUUAUCCAUUUCUACACGCUCAGUAAAUAUCUGUUGUUGAUGAGGGUGUGAUUUAGCAUUUUAGCGUCACUGAAAGUGCACUAGCGUCAUUUCAUUGUAAAUCUGCUAAUUUAGAGACUUUUUACCAUCAUAGUUUUUGCACAGCAAUGUUUUAUUCUCCCAAGCAUAUAAUAAACAUCUGUAAUGAAAGCAGCAUAAAUUGUGUACAGUGUGUGUGUGUGUGUGUGUGUGUGUGUGUGUGUGUGUGUGUGUAUAUAUAUAUAUAUAUAUUUCUAUAAUUUUGAAUAAAAGUUAAAAAAAAUAUGCAUGUGUAUAUAUAUAUAUAUAUAUAUAUAUAUAUAUAUAUAUAUAUAUAUAUAUAUAUAUAUAUAUAUAUAUAUUAUUUUAAUUUUUUUAACUUUUAUUCAAAAUUCUAGACUGUUUAGAAACAUGUAUCUUGUUCCCCUCGGGGUAAAGUGGAGCACAGUUCAGAGAGGUGUAUGUAAUGUGAGGCUGUGGCACCCGUUGCUUUGAAGUGUAAUAAAAUAUGUUUGAAAGUAGCAGGUGUUGUGCAAAUAAUAAUUAAUAUUACACCUCUCAGAUAUGGCCAAUAAUGGGCUUUAUGCACUGAUACUGACUUACUGCAUUUAUUAAGGGAGCAGUAGGGUGUUUGAAUAAAUAGAUCUGUUUGAAAGCUUUGUGGAAAUGUCUUUUUGAAAAAUGCAAUAGUUUAAAUAUUUCCUUUACAAAAAAAUAAAUCUCUGUCCUUGGAGCACAUAAAGAAACUCUUUGCUAAGGAGGGUUAGAAAAAGAUUUAUUUGCUUUGCUGCUGCUAAGGAACACUUCAUAGAAUGGCCUGCUUUUCUAUUUGACACCAACCUGGUUAAUGUUUUACAAAUUCACUAGAAUCAUUAAAAAAAACUGUUUUCCCAAUUUUUUUUUUAUAUUUUUUUUUAGAUGUAUAAAUUAUUUCUUAUUAUACAUUAACUAAGUCUCUGGUCCCACUUUUUUAUAUAUCAUUUUAUAUAAAUUUCAGCUAUAUAAAAGUAGAGUGAGUGCACACAUAAUUUUAGAAUUUUUCAUGUAAAUUAUUUGAAUUGACAGAUGAUUCUUGAAUUAGUGUAAUACAAUAAAAUAAAUGUAUGGUGUGUUCUCCGGGAUUUUAAAUGUGUUGAGUAGUUUUAACACAGAAGAAAUGGCAUUUCAAAUGUUCUUUAUCUGAUCAGAAAAAAAAAUGGAUUUAAUCCAUGCUACUAAAAGGCAUUCUUAAUACAUAAAGGAAAAAAAAUGUACAGAAACUGAUAUACUUUUAUAUGAAGCAAUCGUGUGCAUGUAAAUAUUAUAAGGCACUCACGUCUUAAUAAGCAGUCCAUCAGAGAGAGAUAUAUGUGUGUGUGUGCAUUAUAACAGCGGGUUUCUACAAUAGUGAAUUCAUAGAAAUAUAUCCAGAUACUAAACACAGAUUUAUUUAAAAAUUUUUUUUUUCAUGUUUUUUCUCAGAUGGGAAAAAAUAUGGGGAUUUAAAGCGAAUAAAUUGUCAAAGCAUGCUUAGGCAACCAUAAAAUCCAGGAAUAUCUUGAUACCUUUUAAUGUAGAAAAGAUUUUGUUUCAAUGUAAGUAAUAUAGUUUAGUAGAUUAAGUUAUGUUGGGACUUGCCAGUAUUGGGAUACAUUGACAUAGGGGCUGGCUAACACUGAAAUGGCCAUUUAAUCUUACUUAAUUCCCAUUUUGUUUCAUCUGAGGUGGUUUCAUACAGGCCUUAAAACCGUUAGAACUUGUGCUGUAUAGAGGUUAAAAAUCUGAUAUUAUAACCGAUAUACAAUCACACAACACGUGGAUACACAAGGCAUGCAGAGUUCAUGUGUAAGUGUUUCACGCAGUUACAAAAAGAACAGGUCUUCUGAUCAUUGUAACAUUGUUGUCAGGGUCGGACUUACUCUCCUAGCUGCCCCAAGGCCAGUUUCCUCAAUGAACCCUCCCCCUCCCCCGAUAUAUGUGUGUGGGUUAAUGCUACUAGUUUGGGGCAUGAUUGAAUGGUGGGUCUGUGGGUGGGUGCUGUGUGAUGUGUUGCAUCUGUGAUGGUAAGCCACUUGUGGUGUUUGUUUCUGGUGAUGCUUCUUCUGGAGUUGUGUGGGGGAGGGCUGCUUGUGAGGUUGUGGUGGGAAUGAUGCUGGUUGUGUGUGUGUGUGUGUUGAACUCAGAGUGUGUUUUGGGGGAUAGGGACAAUAGGGAGUAUAUGGAGGGAUAGGGGGCAGUAAGGUGCAUAUGGGGCAUAUAGUGUGUUUGGGAAGAGAUUUGGAUCUGCAGAGUGUAUGUGGGGAAAUUGGGGCUGUAGUAUAUGUUUAAGCGGGAAUAAGGGCUGUGUGUGUAUGUUGAGUGGGAGAAAGGUGCUGAACUGUGGGGUAUAGGGGCUGUGGUGGGUGUGAUAGGGGCUAUAGUAGGGGGGAUAUGGGUAAUGGUAGGUGGAUAUGGACUAUAGUAGGGGUUGUAGUUGGGGGAUAGAGACUGGGGUGGGGAUGAUGGGGGGGAUAGUGACUGUAGUAGGGGAAUAGAAGCUACAGUGGGUGGGGAAUAGUCCCUAAAGUGGCAGGAUAGUGGCAGUAGUGGGGGGAUAGAAGUAGCAGAGGAGGGAUAGAUGCUUUUGUGUGGCUAUAGUGGUGGGACAGGGUCAAUAGUGAGGAGUAGUGGCUGUAAUGGAGUAAAGGGGUGAUAGUGGGCGGAUACAGGCUGAGGGACUGUAUGGGGGGGGAUCUAAAAUUUUUUUUAAUUAAAAACAAAAUCUAAAUUAAAGUUUCUUCCCCUCAAGAAAUAUAUCAGGGCAUUGCCACGGUAACCCCAAACACUCUUGGAAGGCCUCAUCUGGCAAUGAGAGUGAUAGAAAGACGUGAAGAGCAUGUUCUAUGCUAAAAGACUUUGGAGUUAUGGGUACUCUUAUCCUAUGUACUCCUAACCUUGAAGAACUAUUCCAGAUGGUGAUUUUAGGAAUGGAAUCCUGUGUAAAUGUCUUUGUUUUGGUGUUGCAGUAACAAUGCACUGUAUGGAACUGGGGUAAAGGGUGGACUUCUCACUGAUUCAAAACUUUAUUUUCUUUUCCAGCAGCCCCGACCUAUGGAGACCGUGGGUAUUCUCUGCUGGAGACAGACAGAGAAGGCUGGUAAGUUAUGAUCCCUUAAACCUAGACUGGAACAAGGCAAAAUAUUUCACGUAUUCCCCCUCUUUCCUAAAUUGGCAUUUAUUGCCAGAACUAAGGCAUUCCUGAAAAUGGAUUUCGUAAGGAUAGAGAUCAUGUUAGAGUUACUGCAGCCAGUUCUGAAAUGCAUUUUGUCCAUAAUAAGCCAUGAUGCAUGUUCUGUACAGAUAGUCCUGAAACGUUUAUAUAUGUAUAAUCAAUUCUGCUUUUUUUUUUUUUACUUUUUUUUUUUUUAUCAGUAACUUAGUAUUUAAUCAGCAUCCGAUAUUAUCAACCAAUACUCUAUGUAGCAAAUGAAUGGAAGAUAAUACAUUUUUCUUAAUUUGGAUUUUUUCUUACAGUUAAAGAAAUCAGAGUCUCAUGAUGGACAUAUUGGCUCAAAAGGUGCCCAUGGCUUUCAGCAUCCUGUACGGUAAGUUUCUUUCCCUUAGUUGAAUGAAUACUUUUAAGCUCUUUACAUGCUACUCAAUAGCAGAAAUCUGUGCUUUUAUUGUUGCAUUAAAAGCUGUGCUAUCUGAUUUAUGGACUAAUAGAAUGUCCUUAUAAAAAGGAUAUAUCAAACUCUAUAAGUGCACCUGCUUAUCCUGAUAUAUAUACAGGCUCUCUCAUAAUAUUUUAUUAGUACGCCCUUGCUCUAGGCACCCAUUAUGUGCAACCACGAGUAGCCUUGUCUUCUUUUAUUAACUAAUUGUAAAAUGCCCUGUUUCCCCCCUUCACUGGAGGGAUGGUUUAUCUCUUUAAAAUAUUGACUAUUUACUAAACCAAUGUAUAGGUGAGAGUGUAUUCCCUAUAAAAAUAUACCUUUUCAUGUUUAGAUGAUAGCACAUUUUAAAUGAUGGGUGUUCUUUCUUGAUGUUCUUUUUAAAAUGUAUACGGAGUAGAAUAUUGAAUUACUAUCUAUAGUGACAUCCUCUUCUUUUAACUUUAAGGCUGUACAUGCCCAAGUCCAAAACUAACGAAUAUAUAGAAAACAUGGGGAAGAAGGUGUUAGCCAAUUUUCCAGUUCAGGCCACCAUUCAUUUCUACAACGACAACUCGGACUCUGAAGAAGAAGAAGAUGAGGAGGAGUAUGGAAUGGACUUUAAUACCCAUCAUCAGGAUUUCGAUCGUGAUCCAAAGAAAGUAUCUGGAGACAUGGAGCAAGAGAACUCAUUGUGUUUAUCAAGUCCAUCUUUUCCCCAUGAGAAGCCACAUUGGAACUGAGUAGACCUGAGCCAAAAUACACCAAGAAGGACACUUAUCAAAGGAUGGUCAUUUUGAUAGAAACAUUUAGCAGUUUUAUUGAACUUCAGUUUGGCAAGUUCUAAUUCACAAAGAAGAAAAAAAUCUCCACCAAAACCGUUACAGGGUUAAAUAACCUUAUGGUCAUUGUUUCAAUGCAAGAUCGCGAAAAGUGGCACAUUGAACUUUUUGGAUGAUCCAAACAUGAAGGCUUCCUGCAAUGUCCUCUUAAAGAGAGGUGGAGGGGAAUAGCAAUCAAAUGAUCCCCACCCAGUUCAGAAAUGGCACUAAAGGCUAUCUGAAGUAAUAGAUUUCCUAUAUUGAUCGUAAAGCACUGAAACUUUUUUUUUUAAAUAUAUAUAUAUAUAUAUAUAUAU